AUUUGUAAAUAUGCUUUACUCAUUUGAUAGAUAUGUUACUAUGCCUAAAUAUUCUUAUGUUUACUGAUCUAAAAGGUCUCAGUGGUUUUUUGGUCUUCUUUGAACUUCUUUUUUUCGCCUGCUCUUUUCCAAUGAUUCCAAACUGUCAUGCGGUCGAUGUUUAGCGCCUCCGCUAUUUCUUGAUAACUUGUGUGUCAGUCUUGCUCCACCAGUUGCGAUAUUUCAUCGACUUUUUCAGUGACUGACCGAUCAGAGUGAGGUGAAUCUUUGAGCUUGAAAUUUCCGGCAUAGAAUUAAGUAAACAUCACUCUUUCCUUCAAAGCGUUCUCACCGUACACUUCACAGAUUUUUCGGCACAUUGUUGCUUUCGUUACCUUUUUUAAGCCUACACAUCUUUUUAUAAUAAAAAGGCAUCACUUAACGUAUUUCUUCCAAUAUUUCACUCAUGUUCAGAUCGAUAUAACUUUCUCCACGAGCAAAGGAUUAGAAAACUAUCUUCACAAAAAACCCAAGCUGAAACUUCACCUUUUAAGCACAUGUUCCUUUGAGACAACCAGAUGAAUGUUGCCCGAUAUGUAGGAAUCAACUACAUCUUGUGGCAAAAACGGCGGGGAUCUUUUAUAUCAUCCAUUAUUUCAAUACGCUUUCAGUGGUCCAAUAUCUAUUCGAAAUGUGUGUUUUAUAGUUCUCUCUUGAGAAUGUAUCAUGCGCACUGAAAUUGGUCAUACCAAAUUUUGUUUAAAAGACAACACAUUUGAAAAAUUCCUCGCGAUUCAAAUCCAGUAAACCUACUGCUACAAACGGAUCUACGAAAUUGAAAACCAGCUGCAAAAUAACAGCUAUAAGCUUGGCGAAUUUCUUGGACUUACUGAUCAGAGGACAUGGAAACAGAGAAUUCGCACAGGGAGAUAACCUUUUUGCAUAUGAAAAAUCCGAAUGCAUUCUUUGUUCCAUGUCGGCGGCGUUUGGUCCCUUAAGAAUUAACACGCCACGAAAGAUGCAUUUGUUUCGCUCAGCUUUCAAGCAAUUGAUUUCCUGGGAAGUUUUCGGUAACCUUGUCGCCCACUAAGCUUCUCGACGACCGUCUAUUACUGUGACAGAAAUUUGUCUUUCACCGAAGUUUCUGGGACUUUCUUUCGUCUCCUCUAUCACCUUUGACGAUUCUGACACACCUUUUCAAAGUUGUAUACGGGGAGAACUCGCUUCAAAAUAAGAGUACAAAUGUUUUUUUUCAUUUCAUCUUAAAAUUUUAACGAACGGUUGGUUCUAACCUCACAUUUUUUUAUUUGCAGUGCAAUGAGAGAUAAGUGUAAUAAGACAGAGUUUCCUUACCACAACAACCAGAGGAGUCGUGCUCAAAUGAAACAUCAUUGGUGGUGGAAAGCAAAUUUUAUUUUCGAUCAAUCAGAGAUUACAAGGUACCAUUCGGGCUUGGUGCUAUUUCUGGAAGAGGAUUAUUAUGUGACCAAAGACUUCCUUUAUAUACUGAAAAUGAUGUAUAAACGUACUAUAGAUUUAUGUCCACAAUGCAAUAUCUACACAUUAGGCCGCCAUGGACAACGUACUCCGUCUCCUAAGAGAUAUGCGCAGGUAAAUGUAAUGCCUUGGACUACUGCAAAUAAUAUGGCGUUUGCUUUUAAUCGGGCCACUUGGAAUAAUAUACGAACAUGCGCAGAACAUUUUUGCUCCUUUGGUGAUUACAAUUAUGACCAGUCGUUAGAGCACAUGUCCAGGGAAUGCCCAGAGGGAGAGUUGAUUAAUUUUUCCGUCAAGCAAACCCGCGUCUUCCACACGGGAGCAUGCAGCACACAUAUGACACCUUGCAAACAGGAAGAAUUGAUGUCACAAGUCCAAAACGCUUUAUAUACCGCUAACAAAUCAAGUGGCAUGUUCCCCAGAAAUCUAAAACUUACUGGUACAACGCUAAAAUACCGUAAAACAUUUUAUAAGCCCCUGCGCGGAUGGGAUACUAAUAGUGAUAAAAAACUUUGCAUGAGCAUGAUCUCAUCGACCAGGAUCAUUUCAGCAAAAAGAGCAAAAGUAAAAUGAGAAAGUUAACGAACACAGAAUUGCGAAAUUUGUGGCUUCUAUAUUAUUAUUAAUAAUUAUUAUAACCUAUUUAUCCUAAUGAAAUAAAUUCUUAGAUUAAAACAAGGUAAGCAUUAGUAGGUAACAACCUAAUCAACCCUUUGGCUACAUAAAUGAUUA